UUACAGGCUGGAAUGGGUGGGGGAACCGGCACAGGUGGAGCUUCAAUCAUUGCUGGUAUAGCAAAGUCAAUGGGUGUACUGACGGUUGGUAUUGUCACCACCCCUUUCUCAUUUGAAGGAAGAAAGAGAGCUAUUCAAGUCCAAGAAGGAAUUACAGCCUUGAGAGAUAAUGUAGACACACUUAUAGUUAUUCCAAAUGACAAGUUACUAACGGCAGUUUCUCAGUCUACCCCUGUAAGUCAAGCAUUCAAUUUGGCUGAUCAUAUUCUUCGACAGGGUGUUCGCGGCAUAUCUGAUAUUAUUACGAUACCAGUUGUGAAUGUAGAUUUUGCUGAUGUUCGAGCUAUCAUGGCCAAUGCUGGUUCUUCACUAAUGGGGAUAGGAACUGCAACUGGAAAAUCAAGGGCAAGAGAUGCUGCGUUAAAUGCCAUCCAAUCACCUUUGCUGGAUAUUGGGAUAGAGAGGGCAACUGGAAUUGUUUGGAACAUAACUGGGGGGACUGAUCUGACCUUGUUAUGAACCAAGAACAAUUCAUGCACCUUAGGAUCCCUAUAAGCUAUUCAAUAGACAUGUUGUCCAGGCUCUUGGUCGUCCUUAGGGGCUGUAACCUGCGUAAGAUUUUAUUAAUAUGGUCAUAAUUAUCAUAAUAUCUUCUGAGACACCUUAGCUCGUUCAGUUUGGCUUGAAAUUUGUUAAACAUACUUUGUAUGUUUUUGUUUGCUUCCAUGUUGUUGGGGGGUAAGAAGAUUGAGUAUGUUUCUUUUACCUAGGUGGAACCCUCGUACUUUACUGUUGGAGUAUUUCACAUCUUCUUAACACCUUUGAACACAUGCACAUUUGAGUAUUCCUUCUCGGAUACUGCACAACAACAUCUUUUGGACAGGCUCGCCUUCAUCGUCUAUAGGAAUGUAAUGCAAUCAUGGGUUGCUUCUAGUCAAACAGGGGGGACGGGGGUAUGCUCAUAGCCUGUGCUUUGUUCUCCAUUGCAGCUAGCAGAUUAUAUUUAUAAACUUGGGUCGUCGGACAAUAACUCACAAGACUUCUUCCAUUUUUGUUUUCUUGUCAUCUAAGUUUAGCUAGUUUGUUGUUGAUUCUUCAAAAUACUUCCACUGAAAGGGACUGUAUUUGUGCUAGAAGCAAACUGAGGUUGAUUUACACUUAACAAACUCAUUAGA